CCGCACCGUAGUAAGUAGGCUAUUCGCCUCCACGACUUUAGAUGGCGGUAAUGUGGUAAAGCCUCGAGGUACUACGCUUCGAUAAACGUUAGCGAAGCAAGGUUACAGAGCGCGGGUACUUUGGAAAAAUGGACGAAGCAGCAGAGAAAAUUGUGGCACCAGAUUCUCUGAAGCUGUAUGAGGCGCAGUUCUUUGGCUUCACUCCUCAGACGUGCAUGCUGAGGAUCUACAGUGCCUUCCACGACAGCCUGUACGAGCUCAUGCUGGUGGUGGAGUCUGUGUUCAAGCGCAAGCUCAGCCCUGCGGGGCAGGAGCCACCAGAGGAGCUGUGUGUCAAGAUGCAGCAAUGCAGCCAAAAGCUGCUCCAGUUCCUACAGGAGCGCUUUGAGCUGCUGUCCAGUCGCAUGGAGACGCUCCUGGUGGACAACAUCCUCUCUGUGCCCCCCAACGUCCUGUUGCCAGAGGACGAGUCCCACAGGAAGUACCCACAGGGGUCGGAGGAGCUGAUGAGGAUGGAGCGGUCGCUGGCGGAGCUCCACCAGGCCUAUCAGGCAGAGUUGUGUGCCAAGCAGGCCUUACUGGCAGAGCUGGGAGAACAGAAGGAGGUGCAGGAGCACCUGGGCGGCAUCCUGAGCUGGGUCGGAGAGUUGCGCACCUGCGGCAGACAAGAGGGUCUUGUCCAGGACAACUUCGCCCCGCUGGUGGAAACGGUGAGGCACCUGCAAGAUGUCAAGGCCAAGAUCCUGAUGAAGAGUAGAGAUCUGGACGAACUCUGAUGCUGUUUUCAGUGAAGAUGUGUAUUUUAUGUAAAUAUUCCCAGAAAACUGUGUACAAAGCCUGUCUUGUUGGAUUUUGAUUUGGCAAUGGAACUAUAGUCUAAAUGCAGCUUGGCUGACAUGGCUGAUUUUAGCACUUUAAAAAAAACGGGCAGCGUCUCAGGAUCAGUGACCAGAAGUAAAGUUCAUCACUGAACUCGUCAGUCAAAUGUACAUGCAGCACUUUGCAGUACUAAGCUGGGGAAAUAUGUAGGAUGUGACUUUUAGGUGGUAUGAUAUCAAUAAUUCCUCGUUUGCCAAGACCUGGAGAGAGAUGGUGCAGAGAUGGUUUUGUAUGCAGAGCAGCACAUAUUGCAGAUGCUUUUACUCACAGUGACAAAUCUACCAGUUAGCAUCAUUAGCAGUGGACAGAACAGCUAGUUAACAUCAGUCCUGGUUUUCUGUAGCCUUUCUGUUACAUAACAUUAAAAAAUAAAAGUAAACUGUACAAACA